GGCAAAACGGAGAACUUCGCAGAGCAGAGCUGCGAGAGAGAGUGUGUGUGUGAGAGAGACAGGGAAAGAGAGAGAGAGAGAGAAAGAGAGAGAGAGAGAGAGAGAGAGAGUGUGUAUGUGUGUGUACGCACCAAGCCAAACAAGAAGCACAGGCAGGGAGAGAUAAGGGGGUCUGCAGCGAGGGGGAGGUGUGUGAGACGUGGUCACACUCUCACACACACUUACACACACACACACACACACUGAAUAUCCAGAGUGAGGCGUAGCCUAGGUGGUAUGAAAAUGCCCACCAGCUUCACAGUGGUCCCGGUGGAGGAUGGAGCGAAGUCAUCGCGUGACGACGCGGACGACAACAACGUUCUGCGCGAGGAGGACGAGGACGGUCCAGGAGACCAGCAUCCUCACCAGGGACGCACUCUACCACCACCCCGUCACCCCCCCUCUCACCCCAGCACGAUGGAGCAGGGGGAAACCUCGCGCCGGAGGGGUGAUGGCAACCCGAAGGAGAGCAGCCCGUUUAUCAACAACACAGACAAUGACAAAGGCACACUGUACGACGGCAAAAACAUGGCCUUGUUUGAGGAGGAGAUGGACAGUAACCCCAUGGUGUCGUCGCUCCUCAGCAAGUUGGCCAACUACACCAACCUCACGCAGGGGGUCAGAGAGCACGAGGAGGCCGACGACGACGAGGGAGCCAAGAAGAAGGCUGUCAAGAGCCCGCAGAUGGGCACGUUCAUCGGCGUGUACCUGCCGUGCCUGCAGAACAUUCUAGGGGUCAUCCUCUUCCUGAGAAUGACCUGGAUCGUCGGCACCGCCGGCAUCCUCGAGUCCUUCAUCAUCGUGGCCAUGUGCUGCUCCUGUACCAUGCUGACAGCGAUAUCAAUGAGUGCCAUUGCAACAAAUGGUGUUGUCCCAGCUGGAGGCUCAUACUACAUGAUCUCUCGGUCCCUGGGUCCGGAGUUUGGAGGUGCUGUAGGCCUUUGCUUUUAUCUGGGCACCACAUUUGCAGGAGCUAUGUACAUUUUGGGUACCAUCGAAAUUCUCUUGACCUAUAUAGUGCCUAAUGCGGCCAUUUUCAAAGCGGAAGAGAAAGAGCUUGAGGCAGAGGCCAUGCUGAACAACAUGCGUGUUUACGGCACCGCAUGCCUGACCCUCAUGUCCUUGGUGGUGUUUGUGGGCGUCAAGUACGUCAACAAGCUGGCCCUGGUCUUCCUGGCGUGCGUGGUGCUGUCCAUCCUCGCUAUCUAUGCUGGCGUCAUCAAGACCAUCUUUGAGCCCCCAGAUUUCCCGAUUUGUCUGCUGGGGAACCGUUCUCUACAGAAACACGACUUCGACAAGUGCUUGAAGACGGAGAUCAUCGACAACAUCACGGUCACCACCAAGCUCUGGAGCCUUUUCUGCGACGGACCCUCGCUCAACGCCUCGUGCAACGAGUAUUUCAGAGAAAACGAGGUCACCGAAGUGCAGGGCAUUCCUGGCCUUAUGAGUGGGGUUAUUUCAGAGAACAUGUGGUCGACGUACGGCGCUGCUGGCAUGCUGGUGGAGAAGAUUAACUUUCCAUCCAAGCCGGCCACAAACACGUCUCAGGACAUGUACAUGCCGUAUGUGUCCAACGACAUCGCCACCUUUUUCACCUUGCUCGUGGGAAUUUACUUCCCCUCAGUGACCGGUAUCAUGGCGGGAUCGAACAGAUCAGGUGACCUGAGGGACGCCCAGAAGUCUAUUCCCAUAGGAACCAUCCUCGCUAUAGCAACCACCACCUUCAUCUACCUGUCCUGUGUUGUGCUGUUUGGAGCCUGCAUUGAGGGAACCGUCCUGCGGGACAAGUUUGGAGAUUCGGUCAAAGGAAACCUGGUGAUCGGCACGCUGUCGUGGCCGUCGCCGUGGGUGAUUGUGAUUGGCUCAUUCUUCUCCUGCUGUGGGGCGGGGCUCCAGAGUCUCACCGGCGCCCCCCGGCUGUUGCAGGCCAUAGCGCGCGACGGCAUCGUGCCCUUCCUGGAGGUGUUUGGCCAUGGGAAGGCCAAUGGGGAGCCCACUUGGGCCCUGCUGCUGACGGGGUUAAUCUGUGAGACGGGCAUCCUCAUCGCCUCGCUGGACGCUGUCGCCCCCAUCCUCUCCAUGUUCUUCCUCAUGUGUUACCUGUUUGUGAAUCUGGCCUGUGCUCUGCAGACUCUGCUGCGGACACCCAACUGGAGGCCUCGCUUCAAGUUCUACCACUGGGCCUUAUCGUUCCUGGGUAUGAGUCUGUGCCUGGCCCUGAUGUUCAUCUCCUCCUGGUACUACGCCCUGGUUGCCAUGUUGAUCGCUGGAUGUAUCUACAAGUACAUUGAAUACCGCGGUGCGGAGAAGGAGUGGGGUGAUGGUAUUCGGGGUAUCUCACUCAACGCCGCUCGCUACGCCCUGAUGCGCCUCGAGGAAGCCCCUCCACACACUAAAAACUGGAGGCCGCAGCUGCUGGUGCUGCUGAACCUGGACUCUGAGAUGUGUGUGAAGCACCCGCGCCUGCUGUCCUUCACCACGCAGCUCAAGGCCGGCAAAGGCCUCACCAUCGUGGGCUCCGUGCUAGAGGGCACCUACCUCACCAAGGAGACGGAGUCCAAGAAGGCCGAGACGAACAUUAAGUCGUCCAUGUCGGCGGAGAAGACCAAAGGCUUCUGUCAUGUGGUGGUGUCCUCCAACCUGCGUGACGGCUUCUCUCACCUGAUCCAGUCGGCAGGGCUUGGGGGGAUGAAGCACAACUGUGUCCUCAUGGCCUGGCCAGGCAUGUGGAAGCAGGCCAACGACGCCCAGUGCUGGAGGAACUUCAUCGAAACUGUGAGGGAAACCACUGCAGCUCAUCAGGCCUUGCUGGUGGCCAAGAAUGUGGACAGCUUCCCGACCAAUCAAGAUAGGCUGGGGGAGGGCACUAUCGACGUGUGGUGGAUCGUCCAUGAUGGAGGCAUGCUGAUGCUCCUCCCCUUUCUGCUGCGGCAGCACAAGGUGUGGCGUAAGUGUAAGAUGCGCAUCUUUACCGUGGCUCAGAUGGAUGACAACAGCAUUCAGAUGAAGAAGGACCUGCAGAUGUUCCUGUAUCACCUGCGGCUAGACGCUGAGGUGGAGGUGGUGGAGAUGCACGACAGUGACAUCUCUGCCUUCACCUAUGAGAAGACCCUGGUGAUGGAGCAGCGCUCUCAGAUGCUCAAGCAGAUGCAGCUCUCCAGGACUGAGCGGGAGAGAGAGAUUCAGAGCAUCACAGACGAGUCGCGUAGCUCCAUCCGCAGGAAGACCCAGAGCGGAGCUGGCGGCUCCACCACGAGCCGGCAGAGCGGCCAAAAGGACAACACCAAAGAAGAAGACGAGGCCCAGCUCAUCCACGAUCGGAACACUGCCUCUCAUGCAGCCAUGAACUCAGACCUGACGCCCGACAGGGUCCACAUGACCUGGACCAAAGAGAAGUUCUUCACCGAGCGCAACCGCAACCGCGAACCCAACACCAACAUGGCGGUGAGGGAUCUCUUCAACAUGAGGCCAGAGUGGGAGAGUCUGAACCAGUCCAACGUGCGGCGCAUGCACACUGCGGUCAAGCUGAAUGAGGUGGUGGUGAACAAGUCCCAGGGGGCUCACUUGGUCCUUCUCAACAUGCCAGGACCGCCUAAGAACCGAGGAGGAGACGAAAACUACAUGGAGUUCCUGGAGGUUCUACUCGAGGGUCUCAAUCGGGUCCUCCUGGUGAGGGGCGGCGGCCGUGAGGUCAUCACCAUCUACUCUUAAACGCUGCGUUGCUGUGGGUACCUGCCACGCCCCCCUCCUUCUCCUGCCUCGCCUCGACAGUUCCGGAAAAAUCCAUUUAAGGCGGGGGGGCCUGUUAGCAGUGGCAUUACAACUGGCAGUGUUGGUUUCGAGGGUGGGGUGCCCCUUCGGGCGUCCUGCCACGGGCUGUGCCACCUUUCAGGGGAAUAGAUGACGGGCAAGAUAAGAGUGACCACCCUUCAUCUGAGGGCCAGAGCUUAACGCCACCAUUUUAAUGUUGCCACGUCAACGGACUGUCUGUCUUUGCCCUCCCUGCCAUUCACCCCCCCCGCCUCCCCCCGUCUUGUUGUGAUUGGUUCGUUGGUUUGUCUGUCUCUUCAAUGUGUGUGUGUGUGUGUGUGUGUGUGUGCAUAACACAUGUUCUUGUUUUAUGUGAUAGCAGAUGUACAUUAAGCAGACCCUUCUAUGUAAUCUUAUAUUUCUCUUAUUUCUUCUUUUGGGUUUAUCUCUUUUUUGGGGGUGGGAGAGUCGUGGGGGGAGGGAGGGGGGGAGGGUAGUUCUCAAGGAAGAGACGCACAUACUCAUACUGGUUGGCUGCUCAAUUUUCCCGACUAUCCAGAGAGAUUUACCCAUGUCUAUUGUCUAUUAAGACAUUUUUUAAGUUAUACUGUCCCUAUUUCUCAAAGGUUUUGAGUAUGAAGAGCGAUCUUAAGAUUUCUUCAGACACUCACUCAUCUUCAGUUCUGGUAGACAUUGUUUUUGUGUUUUGGAGGCAUUCUAACUGUGACCCUUGUGAUGCCCCAUGGGCUGACCUGCUAAAUCCACAGCAACAAAGUCUCAGAUGCUCUUUCCAGCAAUACAUCUUCGGUCUCUGCUACUCAAAGAGAAGACACACCAUCUUUUUAAAAGUCUCACAUUGUCAGAAAGCUUUAUGUAAUAUGAAGGGAUUGUUCUAUUUUUCUUUUAAUUCUGGGUGGGAUACAAUGAUGAUGUGUUUUUGUGUCAAGGAUGGGAGAAUGAUGAUGUGUGAUAAUGUGUGUUUUUGUGUGUCAAGGAUGGGAGAUAUUUCUUGUUUAAGGGAUAGGCCGAAUGCGCAAGUGUGUGAUCGGAAUGUGCAAUAGUUGUUACUUUUGUGAAGUCACAAAAAUAUAUACAUAAACAUACAUACAUACAGUAUACCUGUUGAACGAGAUGGAGGAAAAGGCCCCCCAAUUCUGGGUCUGAUUCUGGCCCAGUUGUGGCCCACGUCCAGGCCACCUCCUGGUUUGGGUUGGCGCAUCGGCUCUUGCUUGACGGGCACCUAAGUGUCAGCAACAGGGUCAAAUGACGGAAGAGUAACUAACCCCUUGCAUCGGGAGCAUAGCCAUGGAGAACCACCCCUCCACCCCCUCCCCCUCAUGAAAUGACUGUUUGUUUCAGUCACCUUUGCUUUACUAGCCCGAGGCUGUCACCAUAUGUAAUACAUCACUAUUCUUUUGCUGCUUCAGAAACAGUCGUGUACCAAAGCUUAGACGCAAAUCUCAGUGUUGCUGAUAUCGGGACAAGUGGUCCUUGGAAGGCUGGGUGGGUGGGUGGGUGGGGAGGGGAGGGGAGACAUGGAAGUAGAUGGAGAGGACUACCUUCACAUAUCUGUACCAAAGCAGUCACUUCCAUGCAAAGAGGGAGGAGGAGGAGGACGUAGUUCUGCUAGAGACUUCCAGUACUUGUGAUUAUUUGUGUAUCAGUAGACUGAGGUUGGUGAUAAUGAUGCACUAUUUCUGUGUCUUUGCAGGCCAGGUCAAAAUGUUGUUUGUUGUCGUUGUUAGUGUCGUUUGUCAUUGAUCUUGUAAGUAGACUUGCCGUGUUUAGUUCAAAAGGUUCCACACAACAGGGUUUCUCUUUUUUUUCCGAUGAUUCAUUGAUUUAACUUUUUUUUGUGGAUUUAUUUUUCCUCUCUUUUUUGAGUAAUUUGAGUAAAGGCAUUGCCACUCAAAUGUUGACUGGAAUCAGUUAGAAGCGAUUCACCAUCAUGCCCACAAUACUCAACAGCAAAUGCAAAUCUUCUCAUGUAUAGUAAAAUUACAUUGUGUCUGUGUUGUGGUUUAACCAGCCGAUCAUUUUUAGAAUUUUUUUUUUUCUUCUUCUCUAGGUUACUGAAAAAACAAUUGUUUCAGUUUUAUUGUAGCUCAUAUUUUUACCCAGCACGGUUAUGUUGUGAAAUUGUAAAAAAAAAAAAAAGCAAAAUAUUGGAUGUUCUGACAUUGUAUCAUAGGAGAAAAUGUGCCAAAAGUCUCAAGUGAGGAAGAAAGAACUGGUAGCUCCUGUAGCACCAUCUGGCAACUGUGCAAUCGACCAAUAAAAAUAAAGCAUUUUUAAAAAGUAUGAAGGAUGAAGUCUUUUGAACCCAACAUUAUGCGUAAAAAGCACAACACUGAAAAAUAGAAUCGGUGCAUAUGAUUCAUGCUCUAGUUUAUUUAUAGGCCCUUGUGUUACCACAAAGUUGAAAAGAGUUGUCAGUUCUCUGAGCUGUAGUUACUCCGUGCUCCUGUUGGGGGCACAGUUGUGCAUUGCACAGCCGAACAUGACAGACUUGUACAUAAAAGGUGGGAACUCUCAGAAAUACUCAAAUUUAAAGCUGUAUGUCGUUCAGAAUAUUUCUCUGGUACCUUUCUGCUAGCUCUGAAGUUAUUCAUUACCAAAGCACUGUGUCGUUUUGUUUUGUUUUGUUUUGUUUUGUUUGUUUUCUACAGUACUUUGUGGUGGUAUACCUUAGAGCUGAUUAGCAAUGUAUUUGUUUAUUUCUCCAGCACUAUACUUAUGUACUUUGUAGUUUGUUUUAGUCUCUUCAAGUCAUAAAGUUAUAACAUAUUCUUGACUAUCAAAAUGUGUUCCGUAUCUAGAACAGACGGGCACAUUUUCUUGUACUUUGUUUCUUUAGGAGGUUGGGGAAAUGCAAUGACUCUCUCUCUCUCUCUCUCUCUCUCUCUCUCUUUCUCUCCCAUCUCAAACUAAUCCGGUGAAAGCACAACUGGCUAUUUUCAGUAAGUCCUGGUUUUAGACCUCUUCUAAUGGCAGGAUAAGGCUAGCUCUGAAGGCGUAAUUGGUUUAAAAUGACUGAGAAUAGCAUUCUUCAUUCUAACAUGGGUAUGUGUCCACUCAUUGUAUGAAGCGUGGCUAUGAAAACAGAUACAGAAUGCUAUGACAAUAAGAGCUAGUUGAAUAAAAGGAUUAAACUUAAUCCCAGGGAGAUGAAAACGUCAUCAACGUAGACCCUCUGAGCAGCACCUAGCAGAAGUAAUAGCACAUGAAAGAGAAUGUAAUCUACCUCAAGGAGGUCUAACUAGAGGUCAACACCUGUGCAAUCAUUCUCCCAGUUGUUUGUCUGUGUGAGUGUAUACGAAGUGUGUUAUUGUCUUUCAUUUCCCCAAGCCUCUACUGUGCAGACGUGUGUGUGUGUGUGUGCGCGCGCGCAUCAAAUGUGUGCAAAUGUGAAUGCAUCACUGGCCUAUGCUUCAGUAGUAGGUCAGGUGUGAGUUUGUGUGUGUGUGUGUACAUGUGUGUGUGUUUGAUUUUUUGAAUCUGUUAUGCGUUUUAGACAGACAAACAUAAUAAAGACCUGUGAGAUGUUACAUGUGGGUGCAAACGUAGUGGAGCUUAGCCCUUUAAAUUAAAUGUGUGCCUCUUGAGUAAUUUAAAUAAAGUGCUGGACCAUAUCA